AUGUAUGCCGGUUUGAAGAAGGCUCUCGGUCCAUCCGCAACCAAGUCAGCCGCUCUGAAAUCAACUACUCGAGAUCUCAUCAAGGACCAAAGCAAGCAAAUGGAUAGAUGGGUGGAGUACUACCAGGAUCUCUACUUACGGGAGACCACGGUCACUCAGGCUGCAAUCGAAAGUGUCAAGAUCUUGCCAGCCAUGUGCGAACUUGACAAUCUGCCGUCUAUAGCGGAGCUCACCAAGGCUAUUGACUCCCUAGCCAGUGGCAAGGCUCCGGGAAAGGACGGUAACCCCUCAGAAAUCAUCAAAGCCGGCAAAAACACCGCUCUGCUUCGGCACCUUCAUGAGUUUCUGUGUCAGUACUGCGAAGAGGGUACAGUCCCUCAGGAUAUGCGGGAUGCUAACAUCAUUACGCUUUACAAAAACAAAUGUGACCUUGGUGAUUGUAACAAUUACUGUGAAAUAUCUCUUCUCAGAACUGUCGGAAAGACCUUUGCUCGCUUUAUCCUGUCCAGGCUACAACUGCUUGCUUCUCGAAUUUAUCCAGAAUCGCAGUGUGGCUUUAGAAGAAGCAGAUCAACUAUUGACAUGAUAUUCUCCUACGUCAACUUCAAGAGAAGUCCAGAGAGCAGAAAAUGCCAUUAUAUAUGGCCUUCAUUGAUCUGA